GACUUCGGCACCACAUCCAGCGGCUACGCCUUCAGCUUCGCCAGCGACCCCGAAGCAAUCCACAUGAUGAGGAAAUGGGAAGGAGGGGACCCGGGGGUGGCCAACCAGAAGACCCCCACCAGCCUCUUGCUGACGCCCGAAGGCGUCUUCCACAGCUUCGGGUACACGGAAGACUAUUACCAUGACCUGGACCCUGAGGAAGCCCGUGACUGGCUUUAUUUUGAGAAGUUUAAAAUGAAGAUUCACAGCACCAGCGACCUCACCAUGAAAACCGAACUCGAAGCCGUCAACGGGAAGAAAAUGCAAGCGCUGGAGGUGUUUGCCCACGCACUCCGCUUCUUCAAGGAGCACGCCGUGCAGGAGCUGAAGGACCAAUGCCCGUCCCUGCCUGAGCAAGAUGCCAUCCGUUGGGUCAUCACAGUUCCUGCCAUCUGGAAGCAGCCGGCCAAGCAGUUCAUGCGGGAGGCUGCCUACAAGGCCGGUCUGGUGUCCCCGGAGAACCCGGAGCAGCUCCUGAUCGCGCUGGAGCCCGAAGCCGCCUCCAUUUAUUGCAGGAAACUUCGCCUCCACCAGCUGAUCGAGCUGAGCU